CGGGCAUGCUAAAGGUGCCGGGAGGGGGCGAGCGCGCACCCUCUCACCACCUCAUCUCGAGGCUUGGUUGUGGCUAGUGUAGUAGUACCGCAUCGCUGCCGCCUCGGACUCGCGGUUUCUCUUUCCUCCUCCUUCUUAGAGGAGUGCCCAUCCCUUCGCCCCACGCCUUGGAGUAGCGUGAACUUGCCCGGGGACUCCAAAGGGAAACGAGCUGGAAAAUGGAAAAACAGGAACCAGCAGAGUCAUCUCAAAAUACCAAACAGUCUAUUAUUUCAGAGGAGUUAAUUUCAGAAGGAAAAUGGGUCAAGCUUGAAAAAACAACUUACAGGGAUCCUACUGGUAAAACAAGAACUUGGGAAAGUGUCAAACGUACAACCAGGAGAGGACAGUCGGCUGAUGGUGUGGCGGUCAUCCCAGUGCUGCAGAGAACUCUGCAUUAUGAGUGCAUCGUUCUGGUCAAGCAGUUCCGACCACCCAUGGGAGGCUACUGCCUAGAAUUCCCCGCGGGUCUCCUCGAAGGCGACGAGAGCCCGGAAGCAGCCGCCCUGCGGGAGCUGGAGGAGGAGACUGGCUACAAGGGUGACGUCGCUGAAUGUUCUCCAGCCGUAUGCAUGGAUCCGGGUUUGUCCAACUGCACCACACACAUCGUGACAGUGACUAUCAACGGAGAUGAUGCUGAAAACGUAAGGCCGAAGCCAAAGCCAGCAGAAGGAGAAUUUGUGGAGGUAAUUUCCUUACCAAAGAACGACCUGCUGAAGAGGCUUGAUGUUUCUGAGACCUCAUUCUUGAUGGUAAGGACGAUUCCAGUGUGUCCUGCGCUGUGGAACAUGUUAACCUGCAUGUGGAACGUGUAUCCCCUGAGGAGGAGAAAAUGCGGAAAGCGCCAUCCCUGUGUGGGUGGAGAGUAGCCAAGCCCUGGAGUCAGCUAUAAAUGAAGUAACAAUUGAAUCCAUUAACUUACGGCCUUGCUGUUUUAAGGCAUAAAGUCAUCAUUUUACACAUGCGCUCUUCGUCCUUGUCCCAUACUGGAAGUGUAACCAUGCUCUUAGAUCCUUUAUUCUUCCACUGAAGUAAGAUCCUUGAAGGCAGCAAAUGUCCUGUUCAUCCCUGUAUGACCAGCGGUUAGCUCAGGAAUUGGUGCACAGUAGCUGCUCAGUAAACACUGAUUGAGCGAGAAGGGUAUGAUUAGCUGGUGUCAGCUUCGUUAUCUGACUUGUCCCCUUUAUGUCCUCCAGCUCUGAUGGCUGAAGAACAGCUGACAGUGGACGCCAGAGUCUAUUCCUACGCCCUGGCGCUGAAACACGCAAACACGAAGCCAUUUGAAGUGCCCUUCCUGAAGUUUUAAGGCCAAAGGACAGUGGCUGUGUUUUUAUACACAGAACCACCAGGCCUCCUUCACUAAGACUUCGUAUUCAGCUUAGUCUUAAUGUAGAUUUGAAAUUAGCUUUUUCAUAAAAUAAAAGCAACAUAGAAUGCAUGUCGUAGUAUGGAAUUGUAAUUACAGGGAGGUUGUAGCCUUCGUUUAAAUGCUAAGCUACAGCUAAUAUUAAAGAACAUAAAUGCAUGUAUGUUUAAUCCAGCUUUAAAAAACAAAACACAAAAAACUCAGCUGUUACUUUUGUGAUCUAGUCCAGAAUACAGUAUUUCUAUAGGAAAAUAGCCCUGAAUUGCAAAUUAGGUUAACUAUUUCCACCACCCUCCUCCAAAAAAAAAAAAUAGCGAGGUGUGCAAGUAACUGUUGCCAUUAGUUGUUUUUUUUAAAGACAGGCCUACAGGGACUUUCUUGGCCUCUCCUAAUUGAAUUACCCACUAUAUGGAAUUAACCUAUGUAGCGAGGGUAUAAAGUGGACAAUAACAUUUGCGAUAAGCAAGUGUUUCCAGUUAGCGAGGGUCCUUACAGUCAGCUGACUACGGGAGGGUGACCAUCUCUUAGAAAAACGGUUGUUGGUUAAGAGGCUAAUGAAAAGACAAAGCCCAUCCCCCAAGCACGUGUAUAUACUUUAGAAUCUCAUUUCCUGUCCUUACCUCAAAGAGUACUUGAAAUUUCUAAAAACCAAAUCCAUAGGAAUAAGGUUUACGUGAUGGUUCACGUGAUGUGGGGCAUCGUCUUGGUGUUAAACCAUGGUACAGCCACAUAGCACGUAUCGGAAACCCAAUACAGUUGUUUUUAAAGGGAAAAAAAGGGAUUGUGGGGGGCUCACGCUGUGCCUAAAACCCCAUCCUCCUCAGGGGUCCACCAGCAUUACUGGCCGUUUCCUUACCUCUUGAGCUUGGCGCUUCUGUGGACUUCUGUGGCCUCCAGCAGCUCCAGGACUACUGCCUUUUCGGGUGGCCCCGAGCAGAAGUCUCUAGAUGGUUCUCAUUGGCCAUGCCUCUGUCAUGCUUCCAGCCCUGGAUCCAGGGGUUAGCCAGGCCCCUGAGCCAGAGAGAAUCAGGGGACUAAUGCCAGAAAGGCUGCAGUAUAUUUUGUUUGUCUACAGGGUCACUGUCUUCCCUAGAUAUAUUUUUAGGAGCAAAAAUACAAGAUCUUUAUGUUGUACUUCCUAAACAAGAAUGUAGAGAAUUAUGGAACAAGAGGACAAAGAUCAACUCUUCUCAUAAAUAAGUAAAACUCAGCCCCAACAACUUGCUCUAACAGUAGCCUUCCCCUAUGCCUCUUUAAAAAAAAAAAAAUCCUUGUUAUAAAUCAUCGGCAUCAUGAUUCUCCAGAGAUUGCCACCCCUUUCCCUGAGCUCUCAAGGCCCAUGUCCUGUAAUUUCCCUUGUUACUAACUUUCCAUCAAAAUCAGAGACAAGGCAUACAUAAAAUAAGACUGAAGCAGAGACUAGUCUCCAAACCGACCAGCCCUUCCAAAACCAGUCUCCAUGGCAAUUGAGAAAUCUACUCUUAAAUGCUGACCAAGGAGAGAUUUGUAACCCCUGCCUGUCCUUUCUGCCAUUUCUCUUCCUAAGAGUGAAAUGCAGAAGUGACAGCUAAACCCUAGAACGUCCCCUAAGGCGGUUUUUGUUACCUAUAAACACCCAAGCCUAUGCUUUGGAAAUUCAGUUUGAGAGCUGGCAGUCUGUUGGCUGGCGCUGUUAGUAUCUCAGCAUUUAAAAGUUGAAGAAUUAUUAUAAUAUUUUGGGGGGAGGGUAUAGCUCAAGAGGUAGAACACAUGCUGAGCAUGCACAGGGUCCUGGGUUCAAUCCCCAGUACCUCCUCUAAAAAAAAAAUGUGAUUACUCCCCACCCACCCACCCCCAAAAUAAAAUAAAAGCUGUAUUUCCACCUACUUUUAGGAAACACCUCUAACGCUGGGUGCAUGUUUCCAUGGUAACAAUGGUCUGAGGACCUCAGAAAAUGCUCUCCAGUGACCAUGGCCACUGUCCUGCCUGCCUUUGUUUUCUCUGCCUUGCUCCUGAAAUUAGCUGGCCUUGUGAGCCUAAGCUAAAUAAAAUAUACUUCCCGCACUUAAACAAUGACAGAAAAACCACACAAAUGAAAAGGAUGUCUUUGAAAAAUUAAGUUUGCACUCUUUGGACAAUAAAGCACUUACUUUGAAAA